AUUCGAGCGGAGAAACGUGAAUUGCUUACGAGGUCGAAGACACGAUCUCGGCCGGCGGAUGGCGAGGAUUGUUCCCAUGGCGGCCACCUCCUCCAACUCGCACAUCCGACUCGCUGCGCUCCACUCGCCACUCUCCUCCAUCGCCGCCGCCGCCCGGGUCGCUCCCAGCUGUCUCAGCUCCGCCCCACGCCCUAUACAUCUGGAACAUUUGUUUGGAAUAACAACUUCUAGAUUGAUAAGAAAAGCAAAUUGUAUAAAAGCCAGUGUCUCCGGCAACACGACGCAAGCAAGCACUGUUGAUAAAGAAAGCGCUUUUGAGUGGGUGAAAACGGAUAAUCGGAGAAUGCUUCAUGUUGUUUAUCGUGUUGGUGACUUGGAAAGGACAAUAAAAUUCUACACAGAAUGCUUGGGAAUGAAGUUGUUGCGGAAACGUGACAUUCCUGAGGAGAAGUACACUAAUGCCUUCCUUGGAUAUGGACCCGAAGACUCACAUUUUGUUGUUGAACUUACUUACAACUAUGGAGUUGACAAGUACGAUAUUGGAACUGGUUUUGGACACUUUGGUGUUGCAGUUGAAGAUGUUGCCAAGACAGUGGAUCUUAUAAAAGCUAAAGGAGGAAAGGUAACCAGGGAACCUGGCCCUGUAAAAGGUGGCAGAAGUGUGAUUGCUUUUAUCGAAGAUCCUGAUGGUUAUAAGUUUGAGCUUUUGGAAAGGGGCCCAACACCAGAACCCUUGUGUCAAGUGAUGCUUCGUGUAGGAGAUCUUGAUCGUUCCAUAAAUUUCUAUGAGAAGGCAUUUGGUAUGGAGCUUCUUCGCAAAAGAGACAAUCCUGAAUAUAAGUACACUAUAGCGAUGAUGGGAUACGGUCCUGAAGAUACAAACACCGUUUUGGAGUUGACCUACAACUAUGGAGUUACAGAAUAUGACAAAGGGAAUGCCUUCGCACAGAUUGCAAUUGGCACGGAUGAUGUUUACAAGACAGCAGCGGCCAUAAAAUUGCAUGGAGGAACGAUCACCCGUGAACCAGGCCCCUUACCUGUCAUUAAUACUAAGAUAACUGCCUGCUUGGACCCAGAUGGUUGGAAAACUGUCUUUGUUGAUAAUGUAGAUUUUGUUAAAGAGCUGGAGUAUUAAGCCCUUGUUAUCGGACCUACAUCUCAAGGAGCAUCAGUUACUCGACGACAACGGCUGGCUGUCGUCUAACUAAUCUUGUAAAAGACCUACAUCAGAUCUCAGUUUGUAUAUAAAUUGUUUUGCCCACCAUGUUAAUGGAAGUACUAACAUAUGAAUUUCGCACUGCAUCGGAGUUUUGAUAUUCUUUUUUUGUUUGUUAUAAAGUAAAAUCAAAUCAAUCUUGAUUGGGUUCUGCCACAA